GAACCAGCGGUAAAAUAAUCCAAUUCGGUACCAGCAGAAUAUCGUCGUUAAAAGAUGCGGACGUUCUUCUCAGAGCCAAAAACUUUACGGGAAGCUAUCAAGCCAUUGGUUUAUUUAAACUGGUUCUUGGGAUUGGGCAUUUUUCGACAACCGAAUCACACUGCCUUCAUGCAUUUUGCUAUGCAAUUACAUACUGUUAUUGCUAAUACGAUGAGGCUAAUCAUCACUUACAUAGGUAUGGCUGACGCGCUACAAAAGCUAGAUUACGGAAACAUAUCCCCAAUGUCUAUCAUGAUGUAUAAGACACUUAUGUGGAUAAGUUCCUGCAUCGUAGUGAGUACACCACUGUUAGUAUGGAUCCGAAAAAAGUCGUGUAGAGGGUGUUUGCAAGAGAUGACUGCCUUAGAAGAUCUGUUUCAAUCUACUCUUGGAAUUGAAAACAAUUAUAAAAAAUUACACACUCGUAUAAAUAUCCGAUCGAUCAUCGGUGUCUUAAUCGUGUCCAUAGUGAGCAUUUCGGACCAGGCCAUGAACCCAGACAGGUUUCAGGGGCCGUUAAAUAUAUGGGAUUUCUGUAUUUUCGCGGCUGUACAUCAACCAAUACUCAUUAUCAUUUUAUUGGACCUCAUCUUCUGCGUAUCGAUAGAGUGUGUCAGAGAAAAAUUUCGAAGCUUGAACGACAGUCUACUCAAAUUGGCAAGACAGACUGCCACCUUGUCCUCUAAUGAAAGCCUGUCGAUUGCUGUUCGAGUUAAUGUUAAUACCACACCAAGGAAUGGAAGGGAAAGAAAGCCACUUCAGAGCAUGACGACCAAACAGUAUUACUUUUUACGAAAAAUCCGAAAAGCUCACUGGGAACUCUGCAAACUUGCAAAACAGAUUAACGACACUUUCGGACUACAAAAUUUGAUGUUUAUGGGAAUAUCGUUCGUCAUGAUUACAGGAUUAUUAUACACCAUUUAUAGUGCUUAUACAUGGCACAAUUCGACACGAUACAAAACUUUUGAAAUAACUACAUCCACCUUGUGGGUGGCCAUUUUCACGUCACAUAUUUGGAUGAUUUGUCACUUAUGCUGUAGUACCAGCAAUGAGGCUCAACGGACUAGAGAAAUUCUUUGUGAAUUUUCAACAGCAAAUAUUAAUGACGCAGAACUUCAGACCGAGGUCGACAAAUUCGCAGUACAGACGUCUCAGAAUCCCGUCAAAUUUGACGCCUGCGGUUUCUUUUACAUGGAUUACACGUUUGUUCAAAGCGUAAUUGGGUCGAUAACGACAUAUCUUGUAAUCCUUAUCCAGAUGAGUGGAUGAUCGUAAAUAGCACUGGAAGAUCAGCGACUGAGUGACAUGAAAAACUUCGCGCAUUGAACAUCAGUCAAUCGGCAAAUGAGAUCUUCGGUUACACAAAAUAUAAAAAUUCGUCACAAGUAACGGUUUCAAAAUUCUAAUUUAUCAUUUAAGUAAAUUGAUGAAGGUUGUACAUUAGGGUGCGCCAAAAGAAUUUUUUUUUUUUCAAAAGCACAUCAAAAGUUCGCAGAGCAUCUCUUAUGGUAUAUCUCAUCGAAAUAUGAGGUCUUGAUAUUGAUAUUUAGAGGUGCUUAUUUUAUUUUUUUCCAUUUUCCACUUAAAUAACGGGGAAAGGAAAUUAGAAAAUUUUAGAAUUUUGUUCUUUUAAACGGCUUGACUAAUAAACUAUCUGUAUACAAAUUCUUAUAGAAAAUUUCACGCUUUAUAAAAAAGUACUGAUAGAGAAUUUUCCCAACUCUAACCGAUUAAGAGAUAUUCGCAUAUGACUCAAUGUUUAUGGGCGAAUAUCUCAUAAUCGGUUAGAGUUAGGAAAAUUUUACCUCAGCCUUUUUUAUAGAGCGUGAAAUUUCCAAUGAGAAUCUGUAUUUAUAUCGUUUAUAAGUGAAGCUGUUUACGGGAAAAAAAAUUCAACAUUAUUCCGGUUUUCUUUAUGUGUUACAUAUUUAAAUGGAAAGUGGAAAAAACAAAAUAGGCACCUUUAAAUAUCAAUAUUAAAAGCUUUUAUUUAGAUGAGAUAUACUAUUAGAGAUGCUGUAAUAAAAUUUUCAUGGGAGUAUGAAAAAAAGAAUUUUUUUUUUUUUUUGGAACACCCUACUGUACAUACAUCACAAAGCUGU